AGGAUCUUUACCAGACUUGUAUAGAAUCUCAGGGCUGAACAUGUUCCUCGCACAGAACAAUUACCUUGGAGGAACUAUACCUGCUUUUGAGUUCUCUAAUUUUGACCAAUUCAAUGUCUCCUUCAACAAUUUCCGUGGCCAUAUUCCAAACGUGCAUGGCUAUUUCUCUGCUGACAGCUUUCUUGGUAAUCCUGAACUAUGUGGAGAUCCACUGCCAAAGAAUUGCUCUGAUAAGCCUAUGCCUUUGAGUGAGGCUCAGACAUCAGAAAAAUCAAAGGGUGCUUCCAAGGAGCAGAUUCUUAUGUACUCAGGGUAUGCUGCAUUGGGUGUCAUCAUUGUCCUUUUCGUAGUCUUAAAGCUGUGUAGAAGAAAGAAGGGAGAGAAUAAAGUUGAAGCAUUGAAUAAUAUGGUAGGGGCCAGUGGAGGUGGUGGUGGUGUUGAAAAGCCGAGAAAUGUUUCAAGUGAAUACAAAAAUGAGGUAAGCAGAUCUGAGUUUUCAGUCCCUUCUGAAAGUGGGAUGGUUUCACAAUCACUGGUGGUUCUUUCGAGCCAAACGGCAAUGGAACUGAGAUUGGAGGACUUGUUGGGAGCACCUGCAGAACUUAUUGGAAGAGGAAAAAAUGGAAGUCUUUAUAAGGUGAUGCUUGACAAUGGGAUCAUGGUAGUUGUGAAAAGGAUCAAGGAUUGGACUAUUUCAAGCCACGAUUUCAAACAAAGAAUGCGAAUACUGAGCCAAGCAAAGCACCCUCAUGUCCUUCCACCACUUGCUUUCUAUUCUUCUAAACAAGACAAGCUUUUGGUGUAUGAAUAUCAGCAGAAUGGCAGUUUAUUCAAGCUCCUACAUGGUACUACAAAGGCCUUAGACUGGACCAGCAGACUUGGGAUUGCAGCAACAAUUGCUGAGGCAUUAGCUUUCCUGCACCAAGAGGUAGGCCAUCAUGGUAUUGGUCAUGGAAAUCUGAAAUCCUGCAACAUUUUGCUAAACAAGAAUAUGGAAGCAUGCAUAAGUGAAUGUGGCAUUAUGGAUAUGGAUGAUCAAAGAGGUUCAGCUUUUGGCACUAGUAGUACUGAUGGUGGUGCAUUAGAUAUGUUAAAGGGAGAUGUUUAUGGGUUUGGUGUGAUUGUUCUUGAACUGCUUACUGGUAAGUUAGUGAAGGGAAAUGGGAUUGACUUAACUGAUUGGGUUCAGUCAGUCGUGAGGGAAGAAUGGACAGGUGAAGUCUUUGACAAGUCUCUGUUAUCAGAGUAUGCAAGCGAAGAGAGAAUGGUGAAUUUGCUUCAAGUGGCUAUAAGAUGUGUCAAUCCUUCACCACAGGUAAGGCCAACCAUGAACCAAGUUGCUCUCAUGAUUAACACUAUCAAAGAGGAAGACGAAAAAUCAUUGAUCUAUGAAGUCUGAUUUAGACUAUCAAAUAUUUCGAUAACCCUUAAUACUUGUAAGCCAUACUUAUAAGAUGAAAAAAUAAAAUUAGGUCCUCUGUAAAUUCAUUAAAAUUA